UUGGGCCGCUAGCAAAUCCUUCCCCGUGAGAAAUUGGUUCCGAACGCCGUCGAACCCCAGCGCCUGGCGACUCCAGGUCACGUGGACAGCGGCCCCCAUGACGUGCGGGCUUCGGGGCGUCACGGUGACGAUCGGAAGACCUGCCAGGUGGCUGGGCUACCUCCGUCAUCCGUGCUGUCGCGGCGCAGCCAUGGACCUGGGGCCGAUGCGCAAGAAUUACCGCGGGGACCAAGAGGCAUUUGAGGAGACUCAUCUGACUUCUCUGGACCCCAUGAAGCAGUUUGCUUCCUGGUUCGAAGAAGCUGUUCAGUGUCCUGACAUAGGGGAAGCCAACGCCAUGUGUCUGGCUACUUGUACCAGAGAUGGAAAACCCUCUGCCCGCAUGUUGCUGUUGAAGGGCUUUGGCAAGGAUGGCUUUCGUUUCUUCACUAACUAUGAGAGUCGGAAGGGAAAGGAGUUGGACUCUAAUCCCUUUGCCUCUCUUGUCUUCUACUGGGAGCCCCUGAACCGGCAGGUUCGUGUGGAGGGGCCUGUGAAGAAGCUGCCUGAGGAUGAGGCCAAGGGCUACUUCCAUUCCCGCCCCAAAAGCAGCCAGAUCGGGGCUGUGGUCAGCCACCAGAGUUCUGUGAUCCCUGAUCGGGAGUAUCUGAGAAAGAAAAAUGAAGAGCUGAAGCAGCUUUACCAGGAACAAGAGGUACCUAAGCCAAAAUAUUGGGGUGGCUAUAUCCUAUACCCUCAGGUGAUAGAAUUCUGGCAAGGCCAAACGAACCGCCUGCAUGACCGAAUUGUCUUCCGGCGUGGCCUCCCGGCUAGAGAUUCCUCUUUGGGACCCAUGACUCACCGUGGUGAAGAAGACUGGCUCUAUGAAAGACUUGCACCUUGAUUCUGGAGAGGCAGGGUGUUAAGAGAGUGCGUGGGACUGUAGGACAUUGAAGAGAUUUCAAACGAGAUCCUCUUAGAACUGCCUAAGAGCAAAGGAGCUGUUCAAUCUCAGCUAAUCAGGAAUUUUGCAGAUGAGGCGCACAUCAUGGCUGCUAUCUAUAAGCCAGGAAGAUUUUAAUCCAACUACUGUUUGUGUUCUUAGUGGAAAUUUUAUGUGUGAGUGUACAUACAAAUACAUGUAUUUUAUCAUUCAAAUAUAAAAUGAAAUCAUAAGCCAGGCUGGUGGUCAUGCCUGUAA